AUGUCUACACUUCUGUCUUUGAUUCCAAAGUCACCUUCGCUCACAUCUCCAACUGCCGUGGUCUUGCCGUCGUCACCGCGGAAUCAAGCAGCAGGCCAGGGUCACCCCUUAGAGCAAGAAGAAUUUAGCUAUGGAGACCUCAGGGCUAUGAUAAUGGCAUUCCGCAAAACUCUCAUCGAACAGCUCGGCGUCAAGAAAGGCGACAUUGUCGGGCAGGCCAUGAACAACACGCUCGAAUUCAUGGUCGCGUUCAUCGGUCGGUCAUUCAUUGCCGGUUUACUCGUCCUCGACUCUCGCGCAAUUGACCAUCAUCACAGGGCUACCUCGGCACCGCUGAAUCCAGCCUAUACUGUCGGAGAAUUUCAGUUCUAUCUGCAGGAUACCAAACCAGCCCUUCUACUCAUUCCUCCUCUCAAACAGGCUGGUGUUCUCGACAAGGCCGCGGCCACUGCCCUCAAGGCGGCCAAGAAAGAGAAUGUCCCUGUCUAUGAAAUGUGGUUCGACGAUGGCUCCCUCAGGACGAACCUGGUGUUUGGACAAGGGCCCUCGCAGCGGCAGACGGUGGCGUCUGUCGGCGAUCCGAGCCCGGAUGAUGUAGCGUUGGUGCUACAUACGUCCGGAACGACCGGAAGGCCAAAAAGUGUCCCUUUGACGCAUCGUAACCUGAUGCGCACGACGAAUAACAUCAUUCAGACCUAUAACCUCUCCACAGCCGACCGCACAUACCUCGUUAUGCCACUAUUUCAUGUUCAUGGUAUGCUCUGUGCCUUCUUGUCGCCACUGGCUGCGGGUUCUUCCAUUACCCUUCCCAGGAGCGGCAAAUUCAGUGCUUCAACCUUUUGGCAUGACUUUGUGUCGACAAGGUGUACUUGGUACACAGCUGUGCCGACCAUUCAUUCAAUUCUCCUCAACCUAGCCAAGAGCGGCAAAGGCGAUGAAGCUGGUCCCUUCCGAACUGGUUACAAGGGUCAAGUUCCCCAAAUACGCUUUAUCCGGUCCUGUUCGUCCUCACUUGCCCCUUCGACUCUACAUGCUCUGGAAGCGACAUUCAAGGCUCCAGUCCUCGAGGCAUAUGCAAUGACGGAAGCAGCGCAUCAAAUGACAAGCAACGUUGCUGGGAAACGAUGUGCUGGUACCGUCGGCAUCCCCGUUGGCACUCAGAUCUCGAUACGCGCCAUUGAGGACGGAAAGCUUCUUUCACCUGGUUCGAUUGGGGAAGUUUGCGUUCGUGGGGAAAACGUGUUUAGCGGAUACUGGGCCAACGAGAAAGCGAAUGCCGAGUCGUUUUGGGCGCCGACAUCGGACGAAGAGAAGCGUUCAUCUGAUGAAUUCAGAGGUCGUAAAUGGUUUCGCACGGGUGACCAAGGAUUUAUCAUCGCCAAGGGCGAAGGCAAGGGCAACCUUAAGCUCACCGGAAGAAUCAAGGAGCUGAUUAAUCGCGGUGGAGAGAAAAUAAGCCCACUCGAGGUCGAUUCUGCUCUGUUAAGUAUAGAUGGUGUCAAAGAGGCAGUGUGCUUUGGCGUGGAGGACGCCAAAUAUGGCGAGGUAGUGUGGGCUGGCAUUGUUUUGGACGCGUCGCAUCAAGGGAGCAAACAAGAAGAGCAACGCAUCAAAAAGGAAGUUGGAAAUAAAAUUGCAAAGUUCAAAGUUCCAGAACGUAUCAUCUUUGCAAAAGCCAUUCCCAAAACGGCUACCGGCAAGAUUCAGAGACGGUUCGUGCGCGAUGCCUUUGUCAAGCAAGCACGUGAGGAGACUGGAGCAAAGCUCUAG